UCUUGAUUUUAAUUUUUUUUCUCAGUUUUUUUCGAAUCUUCCGAUUUCUCUGUUCUUGGGUUGAUUUCCUGUUUUGUUUAUGAUUGGUAGCGUUCUUUAAUGGGUGGAGAAGCAGUUUUCGUAUAUGGAUUUUGUCGAUAAAGAUAGUGAACUGAAUUAGGUGAUGCAUGGAGUGAUAUUUUUUGGCUUCAAAGAGAUUUUGGCAUUUAAUUCUGCAAUAUGUUUGGCACCGGCCAGGUAUUGUACUAUAAAAAUUACUUGUAUUUGGAGUUAAUUUAAGAAAGAAAAAAAUGGUGUCUUUGGUUUUGUUUGUUCUUUUGAUGUUGUGCACCUCGCAUGGACUAGUGAGUUCAUUGAACAGUGAAGGGUAUGCCCUUUUGUCGUUUAAGCAAGCCAUUACACAAGACCCAGAAGGGUCUCUGAGUAACUGGAACUCUUCUGAUGAGAACCCUUGUGCGUGGAAUGGGGUCACAUGCAAGGAGCUUAGAGUUGUUUCACUCAGUAUUCCAAAGAAGAAACUUGCUGGGUUUCUUCCUUCUGCUCUUGGGUCCAUCUCUGGGCUUCGUCAUUUGAAUUUAAGGAACAAUAAAUUGAAUGGAAGCUUGCCGGUUGAGCUUUUUGAUGCUCAGGGGCUACAAAGUUUGGUCCUUUAUGGAAAUUCCUUAUCUGGGUCUGUGUCAAAUGAGGUUGGGAAGCUCAAGUAUCUUCAAACUUUAGAUUUCUCUCAAAAUUUUCUUAAUGGGUCUAUUCGUGCAUCAAUUCUUCAGUGCAAGAGACUUAGAGCCCUUGAUAAGCAUCCUAAUAUUGUAACUUUGAAAGCUUACUACUGGUCUGUAGAUGAGAAGCUGCUCAUAUAUGAUUACAUUUCCAAUGGAAAUCUUUCCACUGCACUUCAUUAUCCCAUUAUCCCAUUAUCUGACUUGUCUUGUGGGAGGUCUGGAACAGAGUCAUUCACACCUCUAUCAUGGUCUGUUCGGCUAAAAAUCAUUAAAGGAAUUGCUAAAGGUUUGGUCUAUCUCCAUGUGUUCAGCCCCAAGAAAUAUGUUCAUGGUGAUUUGAAGCCUAAUAACAUUCUUCUUGGACAAAACAUGGAACCCCAAAUUUUCGAUUUUGGACUAGGUCAUCUUGCUAAUAUUGCUGGAGGUUCUCCCACCUUGCAAUCUAGUCGAAUGGCCACAGAUAAGUCACAAGAUAGGCCACAAAAGAGUGCACCUUCUAAUGCUACUACUGUUGCUUCAUCUACUACCACUACUACUAACUUGGGAUCUUGUUAUAUUGCCCCGGAAGCACUGAAAGUGGUGAAACCAUCCCAGAAGUGGGAUGUUUAUUCAUAUGGUGUUAUCCUGCUAGAAAUGAUUACUGGCAGAUUGUCCAUAGUCCAAGUAGGUUCCUCUAAAAUGGAUUUGGUUCAUUGGAUUCAGCUCUGCAUUGAAGAGAAGAAGCCUCUCUCAGAUGUUUUAGACCCUUAUUUAGUCCAAGAUGCCGAAAAGGACGACGAGAUUAUUGGAGUUAUUAAGAUUGCCAUGGCUUGUAUUCAAACUAGUCCUGAGAAGAGACCAACAAUGAGGCAUGUAGGAGAAGCUUUGGACAGGCUGAUCAUAUCUGAUUCUUGAGAAACCCAACAAGCUAGUUAGAAUCCUUUUCUUCAUGUUUUAGCCUUUAAGUGAUCAUAUGAAACCAUGAAAGAACCCUUUUACAAUUGUAAUUUGACAUAGAUCUUCAUGACUUCAAAUUCAUUGUAAGUUUCUCAAUUUCUUUUAGCUAUUAUUGCA